AUGGAUCUGCGAAAGCAUCCUAAGCCAUGCCCUGUUUUGACACCAGAAAACAUCGAGGCAGUUAGGAAAUACUUCGAGCAAAACCCGCGUGCUUCCAUCAGGAAAUCUGCUCCACUGUUGAACAUGUCUAGAGAAACAUUGAGGUACUGCUUGAGAAAAAUUCUUCGGCUGUUUCCCUACAAAAUUUCUACGGCUCAGCGCUUAACAGAGGCAUCGAAAUUAGCCCGAGAAACAUUUUGUGGACAGAUUUUAGGUGAAAUCCAUGGAGAGACGGCGCCUUUCAACAGAAUCAUCUUCACUGAUGAAGCACAUUUCUAUCUGGAUGGUUUCGUCAACCGACAAAAUUAUCGUUUUUGGGGAAGUGAACGCCCUGUAUUCCAACUCGAGAAAAACCUCCAUCCAGCUAAAGUGACAUUCUGGGCUGCAUUCACCAUACAUGGAGUUUUUCUUCACCACUUCACGGAAACUGUUAAUUCUGAGCGGUACUGUAAGAUGCUUACUGAGAAAUGGAUCCCUGUAGCUAGAGAGAAAGGUGUUAUCGACGGCUGGUACUUCAUGCAGGAUGGUGCUCCACCUCACCGUACCAGAGAUGCUUUCAAUAUUCUGCAUCAACAUUACGGUAACAGAGUGAUUGCCUAUGGUUUUCCAGACAAAAUGGGUUGUGGAAUUGAUUGGCCACCUUACAGCCCGGAUCUUACGCCAUGUGACUAUUACCUUUGGGGUUAUUUGAAAGACGCAGCUUAUCGAGCUGCUCCAAAAACCCUUGAUGAACUUAUUGCGUCCGUUUAUUCAUCAUUAUCAACAAUAACACAUGAAAUACUCAACAAAGUUGUAGAAAAUUUUGUCAAGAGGCUCGAAUAUUGCUAUAUGCAAAAUGGAGGACAUUUUGAGAAAAUUUAUCACUGA